UUUGACUACUUACUUCCUGGUUGGACCCCAUGAGCUGUAUUCCCGCGUGCUUAUGGAGUACCACUAAGGUUGUUCAUUUUCUGAAGCUUUAGAUUCUAUUUCUUCAGUGCGUUGACUAAGUUGGCCUGUUCCAACAAAGAUAAUUAAGAAUUUUGGUUCCGUCGUAACGAGUCUGCAUGGCUGACAGCGACGAGUCUACUUCUCCUGAAACUGAAAAGGAGCAGGGGAGAGGAGGAGAAGAAGGGUGUCUUACUGACACACAGGGACAGAUGUUAGACAGAUGUCUUCACGCGCUCAAGCAAGCGAAGAACGAUAGUCACACGUUAGCCGCCCUACUACUGAUCACCCGCGUGUGUCCGGCGCGUCAGCUGGACAAACGCAGCCUGCGGCGCAUCUUUGAGGCGGUUGGGCUAAACCUCCCAGCACGCCUCCUGGUCACAGCCACCCGGGAGGAUGUCCCCGCAGGCAUGGCCCCCUCUGACCCCCUGAGUCUGGGAGCCACCCUGCUAGCAGCUCUGAGCACAGACCCAGACAUGGCUGCUCAUCCGCAGCUCCUCGCCACCGUCCCCUUACUACUCAAUCUCUUAGCUAACGGAUCAAAGCCGGGUGCUCAGCAAAAGCCUGGAGGAUUGAGUCCAGAAGGGGAUGAGGGGUCAGAUGGAGGUUUAGGUCAAGAUGGGAGUAGUGGAUCCUCCUCGUCACAGCAAACAUUCCAGCUGGACGAGGCCACGGCCGCAGACUGCUACCAGGUGCUGACCUCCGUCUGCGCCUUACCUCAGGGUCCGGAGCUGCUCCUGAGCAGGGGGGCCGUCCCCGCUCUGUGCCAGGCUGUAGAGCAGAACCAGAUCCUGAGUCGACAGCGGGGCCUACCCCUGCUGGGCCACCUCCUCUCUGCAAAAACCAAGAAGAAGGUUUGGAAUAAACACCCAGCAGAGCUCCUCGCCUUGCUGCUCAGACUUUCCACUGACUUCUGCCGGGCCUCAGAACCAAACCGGCUCAGCUCGUGUGCCCAGCUGGCGCAGUUCCUGCCCCCAGCAGGGAUGGCGAUAGAGAGCAAGGAGCUCAGGGAUGCCAUGAGCUCAGUGUGGGAGCAGUUGAGACCCAUGCUGCAGUCCAGGCUAACUCCCAGACAGAUCGGGCCCAUCCUGGUGCUCUGCGCUUGCCUGCUGGAUUUGUACGGCUGGGACCAGGCGGGACCGCCUAAGUUCUGCUGCCUGCUGGUGAACCGGGCUUGCGUGGAGGUUCGGAUGGGUUUGGAGGAACCACCGGGGAACGAGCUGAGCCCGGAGCUGCAGAACACGCUAACAGGCUGCUACAGGAUCUUGGAGGCGGCUAUGGAGCAGGCCUGCAGCGCCGUUGAUGCUCCGAGCCCCGCCCCUGCCCUCCCCGCCCUCAGCCUGCAGCAGAGCCGGCAGGUCCUGCAGGUUCUCGAGGAGGCCUUCUCUGCCGUCAUGUUCUACCUGCAGCAGGUGGAUGCCAGUCGUUAUGGCGACCCAUUUGUUUUCGCCUCCUUCCGCUCCCUGUGCUCCUGGCUGGCUGAGGAGACUUCCUGUUUGAAGCAGGAAGUGAUAGAUCUGCUGCCGUUCCUGGUCGGGUACGCACGGCACCACCUGCAGGGCGCCGCUGCCGAGCAGAGCCUUUCUGACUGGAUGGCUAAGGCGUCCGUCACUGAGGAGGGAGGGGCGUGGACGGGUGGAGAGGCUCUGAGGUACCUCCUCCCAGCUCUGUGCCACCUGUCGGCAGAAGACGCUCCGAGGAAGGUUCUCCUCGGCCUGGAGGCUCACAGCCUGCUGGUGGAUUUCCUGAAACAGAGCUGGACAUCCCUGAAGGGGCGGAGCAUCAGAGAUCCCAGCCUGGAGACCGCAUGCUCCACCCUCCUCAACUUUGCCGUCACCGAACCGGAGAGGGUCAGGAUGGACCUCUGCUUCAGAACCCUGGAGGCCCAUCUGAGUGAAGCACUUCCUGUUCUGGUGAAUAAGCCCCGCCUCCUGGUCCUAGCAGCAAAUUACUGCACUCUGGGGCUGAUGAUUGGCAGGUUGAAGUGUCCUCCCUCAGGUUCGGUGGAAGCGGGUCAGAGGCGCUUCUUCCUGGCAGCCCUGCAGUUCCUGCGUGGCGCCCUGGAGACUCACCCUGGUUCCGGCCCGGCCCACGUGAGCGCCUCCUGGGAGACGAGCUGGGACGAAGUGGCGGAGCUUUGGAGGCUGAGCCUGCAGGCGCUGGGUGGCUGCGCGCGUGCACAGGCCUGGAUCCCGGCACUGCUGCGCGACGAAGGCUGGCUCCAUUACAUGCUCGCCAUCCUGAGCCAGAGCAGCGCACUGCCCGACCAGAAUACGCAGGACGCCCUGCAGGAGGCGCUGUGCGCCGCCGCCCAGCAGUGCCCGCUUUGCAAGCAGGAGAUCGCAGAGGCGAUGAGGAAGAGCGAUGGAGGAGCUCUGAGAGAAAUGAGAAGUCUGAAGAUGUUGGUUGGAGCAAACUGAGACUCCGCCCUUUUAGUCCUUACUUUAAUCAUGGUUGUAAAAAAACAAGAACAUUAUUUGUAAAAUUCUUGAAACAAAAAAGUUGAAUAAAAACUAUUUUUGC